AUGGCGUUGUCAUCGUUCAUUUCUGCGCUCAAUUCGCAGGCCAUCGCACAUCCGUUUCAUGCACUUGGAGUCCUUGCGCUGUUGAUUCCCGGGAUUUAUGUCAUCGCCAAUGAAUUCGUCCGAGCGGCUGCUCGUGUUCCCGGCUUCAAGGGACCAAAGGGCUUUCCCCUGAUCGGAAACCUGGCUCAGAUUCGAGUGAAUGCCGCCGAGCAGUACCGCAGGUGGUCCAAGAAAUAUGGGCCAGUCUACCAGAUUCAACUCGGCAACAUUCCUGUUAUCGUCGUGAACUCGGCUGCGGCGGCCAAAGUCCUAUUCGGUCAAAAUGCACAGGCUCUGAGUUCUCGCCCGGAGUUCUAUACGUUCCACAAGGUCGUAUCAAAUACCGCUGGAACAACUAUUGGAACAUCUCCGUUUAGUGAGUCCCUCAAACGACGCAGAAAGGGUGCAGCUUCUGCUCUGAAUCGACCCUCCGUCCAAACCUAUGUCAGCCAUCUCGACCUCGAAUCUAAGGAUUUCGUCGCCGAGCUUAUGAAGUAUGGAAAGGCUGGGCGGGUUGCUGUGGACCCUAUGCCCAUGAUCCAACGACUCAGUCUGAGUUUGGCUCUUACACUGAACUGGGGAGUCCGCAUGGCUUCUCAAGAGGAAGAGCUCUUUGCCGAAAUCACCCAUGUUGAGGAUGAGAUAAGUCGCUUCCGAAGCACGACUGGCAACUUGCAAGAUUAUAUUCCACUUCUUCGUUUGAAUCCUUUCAGUGUUGGCUCCAAGAAGGCUGCCGAAAUGCGCGACCGUCGCGACAAGUAUUUGAACUAUCUAAACCGUGGGUUGGAGGAGAGAAUGGCUAAAAACGAACACAAGCCCUGCAUCCAAGCGAAUGUUAUGCUCGAUAAGGAGGCUAGACUCAACAAUGUUGAACUCACAUCCAUCAGUUUGACUAUGCUGUCGGGCGGUCUGGAUACUAUCACAACUCUGGUAGCUUGGAGUAUCGGUAUGCUUGCUGAACGACCUGACAUCCAAGAUAAAGCUGCAGCAGCUAUUAAGCAACAUCACUCGAUUGAUAAGCCGCUCUGUGAUCCCACCGAUGAUCAGAGCUGUCAGUAUAUCGUGGCGCUUGUCAGAGAAUGCUUGAGAUAUUACACUGUUCUUCGUCUAGCAUUGCCACGAACAUCCAUCAAGGACAUUACCUACCAAGGAAAAGUUAUUCCCAAAGGCAGCGUCUUCUUCCUCAAUGCCUGGGCUUGUAACAUGGAUCCUGAAGUAUGGUCAGAUCCCGAAAUUUUCAGACCCGAACGUUGGCUGGAACAACCCGAUGCUCCAAUGUUCACCUACGGGGUUGGCUACCGUAUGUGUGCUGGCUCCCUCCUGGCCAACCGGGAACUUUACCUCGUGUUCCUUCGCAUGUUGAACUGUUUCCGCAUCGAACCAGAGGGCAGGAUUGAGUGGGACCCAAUCAAGGGCAACUCAGACCCAACCAGCUUGGUUGCCAUUCCCAAGAAGUACAGCGUCAGGUUUGUCCCGAAGAAAGAAAAACUCUUGACCGAAGCCCUUGAAAAUUUCAUCCCCUUGGCGGCAUAAAAUAUGCGACCAUAAUGAUAUCAACGAGAGGGUGGCCUUUUAGCAUCAUAGAUGCCUUUGCCUGCGCACCCGUGGCUAAUCCCCCUUGCUAAACAUUUUGGGCAACGGCUUAUCCUGUCGGUUGCUCCCAUCCUCGAUUUACCGCGCAACGCUGUUUUGGUUGGUUACACAGUUACCAACCCACUCACGCACCGCAUGUUACCUUAUUCAACCUGACUUUCGUAACCUGAGUCCGGAUAGCCCGCUUUAAAGUGUGGGCUUUUCUGCGGGUGGGACUUUUAACUACCGGGUUCGCGUGUCACCACUCUUGCUGGCGAUGUGGAACCACAUGGAGCCUCGAAAGCAAUACUGAGGCAAACACCUUCCUUCUCAGACAAUCGGCUUCACGGACGCCGGCGAAGUGACAGCCAAACAUAACGUGCUCCGAAUAAAAGCAUCUUCAUUAAAUUUCCAUGCAAAUGAGUUUUUGACCAUGUUGGGCGUGGUAUGUUGUCCUCAUAGUUGUAUAAAUGAUCUUGAAUGUUUCUUGUUGUUAUGCUUUUUGCGAUAGCGUUGGCCAAAGGAGAAUUGAUUCGCAUCUGGCUUGUAUACGCUAGGUAGGUAUAGUUGAGAGA